AUGGUGGUUCACACUAGAACAAAGACAUUGCAGAGUUUUCUAUCAAACUUCUCAUCGACCUUUCAGAGAAGUUUCUUGCUAAAGAAGAGAAGACAGACUACCACUACCAAGAACGAUUCCUUAGUCCUAUGCUUGACAUCUAUUAGGGUGCAAGCCAUCGUCACAUUCAAGAAGUUCUUCUUGAUUUUAUUGGUAAACUUGCUUUCUCAUUCCACUCUAACUUCCACUCAGGCUGGACAGUCAUCCUUCGCAUCCUCACAGAAUCAUCACGUGACGAACACUUCAUCGAUCGUACAUUCCGUAUCAUCAAGAACAUCAUCGUCAACUAUCCAAUAG